AUGUCGGUGGCGGGGCUGAAGAAGCAGUUCUACAAGGCGAGCCAGCUGGUCAGUGAGAAGGUCGGAGGGGCAGAAGGGACCAAGCUUGACGAUGACUUCAAAGAGAUGGAGAAGAAGGUGGAUGUCACCAGCAAGGCUGUGACAGAAGUGUUGGCCAGAACCAUUGAGUACCUGCAGCCCAACCCAGCCUCUCGGGCUAAGCUGACGAUGCUCAACACGGUGUCCAAGAUCCGAGGGCAGGUGAAGAACCCUGGCUACCCACAGUCGGAGGGCCUGCUGGGCGAGUGCAUGAUCCGCCAUGGGAAGGAGCUGGGCGGCGAGUCCAACUUCGGUGACGCUCUGCUGGAUGCCGGAGAGUCCAUGAAGCGCCUGGCUGAGGUGAAGGACUCCCUGGACAUUGAGGUCAAGCAGAACUUCAUCGACCCUCUGCAGAACCUGUGCGACAAGGACCUGAAGGAGAUCCAGCACCACCUGAAGAAGCUGGAGGGCCGCCGCCUGGACUUCGACUACAAGAAGAAGCGGCAGGGCAAGAUCCCCGACGAGGAGCUGCGCCAGGCCAUGGAGAAGUUCGAGGAGUCCAAGGAGGUGGCAGAGACCAGUAUGCACCACCUCCUGGAGACUGAUAUCGAGCAGGUGAGCCAGCUCUCUGCUCUGGUGGACGCCCAGCUGGACUACCACCGGCAGGCCGUGCAGAUCCUAGAUGAGUUGGCUGACAAGCUCAAGCGAAGGAUGCGGGACGCCUCCUCACGCCCCAAACGGGAAUAUAAGCCCAAGCCGCGGGAGCUCCUGGACCUCGGAGAGCCCGAGCAGCCCAAUGGCGGCUUCCCCUGUGCUGCGGCCCCCAAGACCACAGCGCCCCUGGACCAGCCGAGCUGCAAGGCCCUGUACGACUUCGAGCCUGAGAACGACGGGGAGCUGGGCUUCCACGAGGGCGACAUCAUCACGCUGACCAACCAGAUCGAUGAGAACUGGUACGAGGGCAUGCUGGAUGGCCAGUCAGGCUUCUUCCCCCUCAGCUACGUGGAGGUGCUGGUGCCGCUGCCCCAGUGA